AUGGGGUUAUCAUCUAUCCUACUGAGAAUCGAGAAAAAGGGAAAAGUUGAACUGGCCAAACCGGUAACUCCCUCUACUAAUAAUGGAAAACCUUCUGCCACGAAAACCGAGCAUCGAAGACCAACACCUAAUCGUCCCAUAGAUCCAGUGGUGGCCAGAUUGAAAGAGAAACGACGAUUGGAAAGAGAAGAGAAAGAACGUGCAGAAAGAGAAAGAAAGGGGUUGAAGCCGGUCCAGAAGAAGUCAACUGCAAACAAAAGUACUACAGGUAGAAGUGCUCCCCGCCAGAAACAACAAGUCACGUCCCAGCAGAAUAGAGCAGCAGCAUCACAAGCACUACCUCCACGUCCAGCACCAAAGAAACAAUUGAAUUAUGCUGAGUUGAUGAAAAAGGCGUCGGCUAUCAAUACGGAGAAACUUUCUAUAAAUCUUUUGAACAAGAGCAAGUCCCCAGAAGCUGAGCAACAACGAAAGAGUGCUUCGCCAGUGCCACCCAAACCUACUCCGCAUAAACCAACAGGGACAUCAGUGAAACCAGUGAAGAAACAAACUUCAGUUCCAGCACCACGUCCUCCGAAGCUAGUGGUCAGAACACCAUUACCUACACGACAACCGUCAAACAAGAUCAAAGAGAGAUUAGAACAGAAGAAAAUGGCCAAGUCUGUGCACGAGAGAGAUGAUUACGACGAUGACGAUGAUUUGGAUUCGUUUGUUGAAGACGACGAGGAGGAGGAGGAUGACUAUAACGAUAAUCAUAGAAGUGAGAUCUGGGCCAUGUUCAAUAGAGGAAAGAAACGGUCGUAUUAUGCAGAUGACUACGACUCGGACGACAUGGAGGCAACGGGAGCUGAGAUUUUUGACGAAGAGUUUCAAUCCAGAUUGGACGCUGAAAUGGAAGAUCGUAAAGAAAUGGAGCGAGAAAAGAGGUUGCAAGCUUUGAAGAAAAAGAGAUUAGGUAGAUGA